CAUUGCCAUAGUUGAUCCUAUUGUCAGAACACCCCGCUUGUUGAUAGUAUCAUGAUAGCAUAACUACUUAUCCUGUAUAGGGAAGUUCAUAAGCUCUGAUAAAUAUCUCCGCUAUUAUGUCACCAUUACUCUGGAUAUCAACAAAAUCGUUAUAACAAUCCAACUUUCCCUACCACUAACUAACCUAAUCAGCAUUCAAGUGAUAAUCAAAUACAAAUACUUUCACAAUAACAAUGCCAGACCCAGACUCUGUCUCCAACAACUCCUCUUUGCUCUUUUCCUCUGACGAUGAACAUAGCAGUGGCCACUACGAUGCGGAUGAUUUUCGCGGAGAAGAUGAUGAUUAUUUCCAACAAUGUCAUAUCUGCGGCUACGCGUUCUACUUGAAAAGAUAUGCACCAGACGAACACGACCUGAAUCAUGUCACCUUCCACCAUCCCAAAAAAGGUAUCUGCAAAGCCCAAAAAGUGGAGAAUUUGGAUUUGUAUGGCGAUGAUCAGUCAUGGUGGGGGAUGCCUCGUCGGAUGAUUCUACACAACAUUAUAAACGAUGGGUGCCAGAUAUCCGGCGUUACCAUACCACGAACAAACUAUGGCACCUUCUUUGUACCUUGGAAGAAGACUGAUGGUUUGAUCUACGAACCUCGUACAAGUGAGGAAAGGCGGAAGGCGGUCAUGCCCAUGAUUACGGUUGUGAACGACGGAGGUCACCCCCUCAUGAGCGGGUAUGAAGACGAUAUUUCCCAUGGCUGGAUGGGAUAUCCAGUCCACGCACGGUGCUGGGAACUGCUCAUGCACCACAAGCUAGGCGAUAUUGCGAACAAGAACCUGAAGGUUCUCAUGUUAGCUUUAAUACAGAGGCAUGAGGAGAACUCGUGGAGACGGACCCGGUCCGGACUGACAAAUAAGAAACAAAGGCAAGAUUUCUCAACCGAAGGUUGCUCCGAAGGUCCGAGAGUCUAUGCUUCUGCUUCUCCCAUGGGAAAUAUUGAAUAUGGUGUUCGGCUUUCUGCCUUCUAA